UUUCUGUUAAAGUGGAUCUACACGAGUUGUACCGACUCACAUGAAUCGGUUCGGGUAACUCACUUGUGCGCUCGUGCUUCAUUCGACCCCCGACAUGUUCACGCGCGGAUCCAAAAAGCGACGCUCGAAUCGCUCGGAGGAAGAUCCAGACAGAGGACAGCCCUGUAUGAGAUGUGGAGAACAGUGUCCUGGUUUACGCAUGCAUGGCUGGAGGAAGAUCUGCGUGCACUGCAAGUGUGUCCGUGAGGAGCAUGCGGUGCGCUCGGUGCCCGGUCAGCUGGAGAAGAUGAUGACGAAGCUGGUGUCCGACUUCCAGAGACACUCCAUCUCAGAUGACGACUCUGGCUGCGCUUCGGAGGAGUACGCCUGGGUGCCACCCGGCCUCAAGCCCGAACAGGUCUAUCAGUACUUUGGCUGUAUACCUGAGGAUAAGGUGCCGUACGUGAACAGCCCGGGUGAGAGAUAUCGCAUUAAACAGCUUCUUCACCAGCUCCCAGCCCAUGACAGUGAGUCUCAGUAUUGCAACUCUCUGGACGAUGAGGAGAAAAAGGAGCUCCGCUUGUUCAGUCAGCAGAGGAAGAGGGAGAAUUUGGGACGUGGCAUCGUGCGCCUCUUUCCGGUCACCAUGACUGGAGCCAUCUGCCAGCAGUGUGGAAAGCAGAUAUAUGGGGGUGAUAUAGCUGUGUUUGCAUCACGUGCGGGUCAUGGCUCCUGCUGGCACCCUCAGUGCUUCCAGUGUACCACCUGCAGCGAGCUGCUUGUCGACCUCAUCUACUUCUAUCAGGAUGGGCACAUCUACUGUGGGCGGCACCAUGCUGAGCGCAUCAAACCGCGCUGCCAGGCCUGUGAUGAGAUCAUACUAGCAGAUGAGUGUACAGAGGCAGAGGGGCGCCACUGGCACAUGAAGCAUUUCUGUUGUUUCGAGUGUGAGACGGCCCUCGGUGGGCAGCGCUACAUCAUGAGAGAGAGCCGGCCGUAUUGCUGCGCCUGCUACGAAUCGCUCUACGCUGAGUACUGCGACACCUGUGGAGAGCACAUUGGUAUAGACCAGGGUCAGAUGACGUACGAGGGGCAGCACUGGCAUGCCUCCGAGGCAUGUUUCUGCUGCGCCCGAUGUCGACUACCUCUUCUAGGCAGACCCUUCCUCCCUCGUGGUGGUCUCAUUUUCUGCUCUCGACCCUGCUCACUGGGAGAAGAUCCUGAUAAUUCAGACUCCUGUGAUUCUGCCUUGCAGUGCAAAACGACUUCACGCAAACUCAUACAACGUACUUCCACUGUUCAGUCACCAGAGGGCACCAGCAUUACCAGUCCACCUCUUAAAACGUCUACUCCGACAUCAGAAAGCAAAGGUGUGCACACCUCACUGCAUCAUUUACAGAACGGUGGUCCAUCCCCUCCACCUCCGUACAGAGAGAAACACAGUCAGAGCUCACAGCCUCCAUCAUUAGUUAAUGGCUGGGCACCGUUACCAAAUGAACACCAAGCAAAAACAAAUAAAGACUCAGAGCUGGAGUACACAGUGGAGCUCAAUGGAUACGCCGAAUUUGGGCCAUUUCCACCAAGCUGCACCUCUAGAGGAACCUCGACAACAAAUGAUACUGGGGAACAAGAGAACAGUGUGGUAAAUCUCCCUCAGCCCCACCUUUCUUCCGACGUGGGCUCCCUGGACGACUCAGACUCUUUCCCACCGCCUCCACCUCCUGUCUUUAUCGGCCAGGAUGAUCUGCCAGUUCUGUCACCUGAUUCCACUCCACCUGAGCCCCAGCCUUCACCGACUGCGCCCAGAUUCGGGCGGAGUAGCACGGCGAGGGUCAGCUUCAGAGAGCCGAUCAGCUCCAGCUAUUCAAUGGAUGAGGAGGAUGGAGAGGAAGAAGUGGAGGUUGCGCCGGAUGGAGGGACAGAGGGUGAGGGAGAGCACGAUGAGGAAGACGAAGCUGAUGGAGGUUUAGGACGCAGACUACAACAUCGAGCUGGAAUGCCACCUCAGAUGGAUCUCCUGGAUGGAGCGUACCACCGCAGCGGCCGACGAAGGUUCUCAGGCCCUCCCGGCCGAGCCCGCAUGGCUUCAGAAUCUCCCCUCCACCUAGGCACCGACAAACACCUCCGUCGCUCCAGACGUGACAGACCUCGGUUGGAUACUCUCGAGUGGAAAGGAGAUAGAGACAGAGAGCGUGGUACCGAUCACUCCUCCAUCAACCCCGCCGGGGACGGCAACCUGACUCUACAUUCUACUCACUACAGGCACGAAGACUCCUGCUCCACCUGCACGUCCUCGUCCGACUCGGAUGAGGAGGGUUUCUUUCUGGGUCAGCGGAUUCCUUUGCCUCCUCAGCUUACAGGAGAGAGACAAGGGAACGGAGCGAGGGGACAGGAGGAGGAGAAAGGCAAGAGGGGCAGUAUGAGGAGGAGGAGGACAGAGAGUUUUAACAACAAGGAUAAGAACUGCAUAUUGUCCUGAGAGACAGAACUGAACUUUUGGUUUUGGACACUAAAUACACUUCAGCUAUGUUUCCUCAGAGGAACCAGGUUGUAUUUCUAGGAACCUGUUUAGGUGCAGAUCCAGAGAGCUAGAAGCUGAUUAACCAGGAGAAGAGAAACCAAAGUGAGAACUUUACUAUAGCUAGCUAUAUUGUACAGAUCUUGUAAAGUAUUCUCUUUUUUUUUUCUUUUCUUUUUUUUUACAUAAAUGAUUGUCUUUAUGUGCUUUGUGCACAGUGACACAGCCAUGCCGGAACAGGAAAGAGCUUCCCCAAACUGUUGCCAAAAAAAGAAGCUCAUGAAUGAUUUUAUACACGUCAUGUUUUGUGCUUCUGAAUUUUUAAAUUUCUUUUAUAAAGCUCAGAAUUACUGAUUUUGUUGAGACCGUGUUCAAUUCUGUGGUCAUUUUUAUGGCUGUACUUGUGGGGCAUUUUAUUUGCCAGUCAGUGAGCUGUUUGUCCAGGUUUGGCAUUUGAUGUCAUGCCAAUAAGUUUUUUUUUAAAUAAAUAAAAUUAUUUUUUCCAGAUUUUUUAACCUGA